AUGAGCUCUUCAUCAACCAUCCGCCUCGACGGCAAGGUCGCCCUCAUCACCGGUGCCGGCCGUGGCCUCGGUGCUGGUCUCGCCAAAACCCUGGCUGACCGUGGUGCUGCGGUCGUGAUCAACUACGCCAGCUCCGCCAAGCCAGCUCUGGCGACCGUGGCCGAGAUCGAGCAGAAGGGCGGCCGUGCCGUUGCCAUUCAAGCCAACGUGUCCAAGGUUCCCGAAGUGACCAAGCUCUUCGAGGAGGCAAUCAAGGCUUUUGGCAAGCUUGACAUUGUUAUCAACAAUGCCGGCAUGGAGGCCUUUUCCAAGCCCGAAGAUGUCACCGAGGAGCUGUACGACCAAGUCUUUGGCCUCAACACCCGUGCCCAAUUUUUUGUCGGUCAACAUGCCUUGAAGUACCUGAGCGAGGGAGGACGUAUUAUCUUCAUGUCUUCUAUCGCUGCCGGUCUGGGUGUUCCCAACCAUGCUUUGUAUGCCGGAUCCAAGUCCGCGGUUGAAGGGUUCGCCCGUUCUUUCGCGGCCGACGGUGGUCCCAAGCGUAUCACUGCCAACGCCAUUGCCCCAGGUGGCAUCAAGACCGACAUGUUCGCCCAAAACGCAUGGCACUACGCCCCUGGUGCCACCAAGGAUACUCCCCUGGAGCAGAUCGAGGCUGGCAUUGCCAAACUCAUUCCUCUUGGCCGAUGCGCCGUUCCUGAUGACAUUGCCAAGGUUGUCAUGUUUUUGUGCCACCCUGACAGCGAAUGGAUCAACGGCCAAGUCAUCCGUCUCACUGGUGGCAGCGCCAUUGCCUAA